AUGGCUUCAGACUCAAAUUUUGUGCAGGCUGCGAUCCCACGUUUUGAUGGUCACUAUGACCAUUGGAGUAUGCUAAUGGAGAAUUUUCUACGGUCCAAAGAGUAUUGGCCGAUUGUUGAAUCUGGAAUUCAAGCAACAACACCUAAUGCAGUCUUGACAGAUGCCCAGAAAAUAGAGUUGGAAGGGAGAAAACUCAAGGAUUUGAAGGCAAAAAACUACCUCUUCCAGGCAAUUGAUCGUCCCAUCUUGGAAAUAAUUCUUAGCAAAGAAACUUCCAAAGAUAUUUGGGAUUCCAUGAAGAAAAAAUACGAAGGCUCUGCUAGAAUGAAGCGUGCACAUCUUCAAACUUUGAGAAGAGAUUUUGAGACUCUACAAAUGAAGGAUGGAGAAUAUGUCACCAGCUACUGUGCCAGGACUAUGAAGAUUAGCAACAAAAUGUGCUUUCAUGGUGAGAAGAUGGAAGAUGUCACCAUUGUUGAAAAGAUAUUGCGUUCCCUGACACCAAAGUUUGAUUAUGUCGUAUGUUCGAUUGAAGAAUCGAAAGACAUAGAUACAUUUUCUCUUGAUGAAUUGCAGAGCUCCUUAUUGGUCCAUGAACAGAAGAUGAACCGAAGUUCAACUUCAGAGGAGCAAGCUUUGAAGGCUUCCACCUUUACUCAUUUCUCAAACUCAAGAGGAAGAGGUAAAGGUAGAGGUCGAGGAGGCAGAAACAACAAUGAAAUGGGAACCAACAACAAAGUCAUCAUCAGGAGAGUAAAUUUCAAAGAAAAGGCAGAGGACGUGGAGGCCACCAUCGACAACUUAUCGAUCAAAGUCAACAGACAAGUCUAA